CCCAAUUCUUAAAGGGCCGUGCAAAGCAUCUCCAUAGUACAAAAGAAACUAGGGCUGCUAAUUUUUCCCCAAUUGCUUCUUGUUCACCACACAAUCAACUCUGUGUUCAAUUGCUGAACUACGCUGGCGAUCGACACCUGCCAAAAUCUUUCACUCAGUUGUUGUGAAAGUAAUCAAGGAUCAUGUAUUCUUCGAGAGGGAAUAAUGCUUAUGGACAACAGCAACAGUCAAAGCCACAACCCUAUUCUGGUCAACCUUCUUAUGGUCAAAACCCGGGACCUGACGGUUCAAGGCAUUCAGCCUUGUUAGGCAGCCAUCCAUCGGCUGGAGCUCAUUACGGUGGUCAGUAUACUUCGGUGUAUGGUUCAACAGCACACAAUAGUGCUCUACAGGGUCCAGCUACUAGUACCAAAGGAGUUGGCUCAUCUGUUCUAGAAGGUCGAAGUGGCUAUGGGUCCACCAUGCAAGACUCACCUAAAUACGCGUCUGACUAUCCUGCUACUAGUAAGUUUGGCCAAAAAGGUGAAAGCAUGUUUUCUGAUGAUAGGCUUCCAUACGCUGAACGAGCAAGUGCAUAUUCUGCGCGAGAUUUGCAAACUGAUCCAACUGUUCGGUUUGCUGAUUCAAUUGCUUAUGGUCAACACAAGGCCGAUAUUUAUGAUCGUCUGGACGCGGCUACAGCACUACGCCAAGACUUGCUACAAUCUACUUCUGUAGAUGGGAGUUCUAGACAAGCUGAUUAUCUAGCCGCAAGAUCAGCUCCAGUUCGCUCGGGUCAAGAACUUUUGUCGUACGGUGGGAGAUAUGAUACCGAUCUUCAUGCUUUAUCAUUGGUAAGCGGUCCACAACAUGCACCGUCGAUUCUCGGAGCUGCUCCAAGGAGAGAAGUUGAAGAUCUUAUGUAUGCUCAUGGUUCCGCUAAUCCUGGUUAUGGAGUUAGCCUGCCACCUGGCAGGGCAUAUGUUUCAGGGAAGAGUUUACAUGGCACGUCCCUGGAAUCAGAUUAUCCAGGUGGCAUUCUGGCACGUGCGGGUUAUUCGAGGCUUGAUGACCGUAAAGAUGAUGUGGCAUAUGCUCGGGAACUCGAACGAAGAGAGGAAGAUCGUCGUAGGGAGAUACUACGAGAACGAGAAAGAGAAAGAGAACGUGAACGUGAAAGAGAACGGGACCGCUCGCGUGAACGACAACGGGAGCGAGAACGAGAACGUGAACGGGAGCGGGAACGAGAGCGUAGGAAGGAACGUGAAAGACGGGAGAGGGAAAGAGAACGGGAAAGUAGGCGGGCCCGGACCCCACUAAGAAUCUCAAGGGACAGAGGUCGUUCCACAUCAACAAAGCCCGGGAAGUCUUCAAGACGGGAAUCACCUAGGCGUCAUUCACCUGGUAAAGAAAAACGAAGAGAAUAUGUCUGCAAGGUUUAUUCAUCCAGAUUGGUGGACCCCGAGAGGGAUUAUCUGUCCUUGGAUAAACGUUAUCCUAGGCUAUAUGUUUCACCAGAAUGUUCCAAGGUUGUUGUUAAUUGGUCAAGGGCGGACCUGAAUAUUCCUUUCAAUACCCCUGUUAGUUUUGAACAUGAUUUUGUGCAAGUGGAAACCCCAAGUGAGCAUGAAUCAGUAUCCACGAAAACAUUAACUAAUGACCAUGUAAAACUGGAAAGCGGAACUACUCGAUGGAACGCCAAGUUACUGCUGAUGAGCGGACUUAGCAAUAACGCCUUGGAGGAAUUGUCAUCUGAUAGAAAAUACGAGGAUCGUAUCCCACAUCUUUGUAAUAUGCUUAGGUUUGCUUUUCUUAAAGACGGGAAUUUAUCGAUGGCAAUUGGUGGUUCGUGGGACCCUAUUGAUGGCAAUGAUCCUUUAGUAGAUAAAUCUUCUUUAGUUCAAACCGUUUUGAGGUACGCCAAAGAGCUCACAGGCCUUGACUUAAAGAACUGCCGAAAGUGGAAUCCAUUUCUUGAGAUUCACUACGACAGAAUUGGGAAGGAUGGACUUUUUAGCCAUAAGGAAAUUACCGUACUCUAUAUUCCUGAUUUAUCUGAUUGUUUACCCUCAAUCAAUGCAUGGAGAGAUCAGUGGCUCGCCCACAAGAAAGCAGUUGCAGAGCGAGAACGCCUGCACGCCCUGAAAAAAGAGAAAUCGCGUGAAAAGAAAAAAGAUGCGGAUAAGGAGCCUGAGAAGAAAAAGGAUGCGGAUAAGGUCGAAAAAACAGAAAAAAAGAAAGAGGCCGGAUCAGCGUCAAAAGUUAACGGAAAAGGAAAAGUUGGUACUAAAGUGAAAGCAAAGGAAGCUGGAAAAGAGGGGGACAAAACUGUUACCGAGAAGAAAGACGUGGACAAAACCGUUACCGAGAAGAAAGAUGGCGACAAAACCGUUAUCGAGAAGAAAGACGGGGACAAAACGGAUACUGAGAACAAAGAUGGGGAUAAAAUCGUUACCGAGAAGAAAACCGUUACCGAUAAGAAAGAUGAUGUGCAGACACCUGGUAGUGGAAAAAAGAAGAUUAUUAGGAAAGUUAUUAAAAAGAAGGUUGUUUCCGAAAAGAAUGAAAACGCACCCAAACAAACUGAUGAUACAAACACAGAGAUUAUUGGUGAAGAUGCUGAGUCAUCUGGUACUCCUGUGACUGUGAAAGCCGUUACUAAAAAGAAAGUUAUUAAAAAGACUCCGGUGGUGAAAACCGUCAAGAAAGAAGACGAAGCUAAAGAACCCGAGCGUUCUGAGGAUAAGACAAAAAGUGAAGACGUGGUUGGUGAAAGUGAAAAACCUGUUGUUAAAAAGAAAAUGGUUAAAAAGGUUAUUAAGAAAAAGGUAGCUAAAGUGGUCAAGGAAAAUGAAGCAGGGUCAACUAUCGGGGAGAAAGGUGCAAGUGAGGUCAAAUUGGAGAACAAUGAGUCGGUCUCUGAGGCGGCCCCACAGAGUGUCGGUGGCACAAAUGAAACUGGAAAUAAAAGUGAAAAAGUUCAAGUGAAGGAAGAGAAGAAAGCUAAAGUGGAGGGUGUUUCUGACAAAAAUGAGAAGUUGAAGGAUGGAAAAGAGAAAAAAGACAAAGAUGUUAAAACUGAAACUAAGGGUAAGGAGGUUAAAGAUAAGAAAAAGGUCGACGAGCCACCUAGACAUCCAGGGUUGAUCCUCCAGACAAAAGGGAACAAGAAUUCAAAACUGCGUUCAUUGUCACUUUCUCUGGACUCGCUCUUGGAUUAUACUGAUAAAGAUAUUGAAGAAUCAACUUUUGAGCUAUCUGUAUUUGCUGAAACGUUUUAUGAAAUGCUUCAAUUUCAAAUGGGUUCUCGGAUAUUAACAUUUCUCCAGAAAUUGAGGAUCAAGUUUGUGGCUAAAAUGAACAAAAAGAAGAGACAAAGGGACGAAGUUUCCGAUAAGAAGGAAAAAGAGAAGGUGUCAUCUGCUAAAAAGUCAUCCCUGAAACGCCAAAAAACUGAUGAUGUCACUGUCGAAAGCAAGCCAGUUAAAACUGAAACGUUGCAUGAAAGUGGCCCAGUGGAUGAAAAAACCAAUAAGGAUGACAACAUGGUUGUUGAUGAUAAUGUGGAGAACGUUAAAGUAGAAGAUGAACCAGUAAAAGAUGAAGGCUCUGAAGAAGAACCCGAAGAAGAAGAAGAGGAAGAAGAAGAACCGGAAGAAGAUCCGGAAGAGGACCCGGAAGAAGAUCCGGAAGAGGAUCCGGAAGAAGAUGAAAACAUGGCUGAUGCAGGAAACGAGGAGAAAGCUGAGGUGGAUAAAGUUGACAUGGAUGUGAAGUCUGAAAAGGUGGAUGAAAAAGUCAAAGGCGAGCAAGAGGAGAAUGUUAAAACCACUGUGAAAUCAGAGAAAAACGAAAACCAAAAGGCGGACACAAAGAAGAAAGAAACUACGGUUACCAUUGACAAGAAACUUCUGCAGGCUUUUAGGUUUUUUGACCGAAAUCGAUUGGGCUACAUCAGGGUUGAAGAUUUACGACUCAUCCUGCAUGCAUUGGGAAACUGCAUGUCUCACAGAGAUGUCAAGGAACUUGUACAAAGUGCAUUGCUGGAGAGCAACACUGGGAGGGAUGAUCGUAUUCUCUACAGUAAGCUGGUGAAGAUGACUGAUAUCUGAACUUUAACUGGCAGAUCGUAUUCAGUCAUCAUUACAACCAUAUGAAUAGUUUGGAUAGAUGGCUCAAGUUUGAAGUUUAACCAAACGUCUACUUUUCGUUUGAAUAAUUAUAGAUUGUGUGAUCAAAGACAUGUUGGUUGACUUCUUGCAAUAUGGUCAUAAAGUAGGGUUAUUUUUCGUAAGACCUGGUUGGUAUUUGCUUUAUUGUGUUAGAGAAAAUGUACUAUCUCGGGUGUAACUUAGACAAAUAAUUAUAUUGCUGAUAUUUUUACGAGUGGUUGCCAACUUAAGAGAAAGUCUCUGUUUAUGUUUCAAGCUAUACUAAAGCUGUCCUCGCUUUUAGUUUUCUGGGAUAUUAUUCUCUUAUGAUAA